UCAUCAGCUGCUGCAGGCUUAGAGAAACUAAGUAUGGAAAAAGGCGAAACACUGUCUGGUCUCCCUACUGCCCAUUCUAGUUUACAUAAAUUAAACCGCUUACAAUGUGAAUUGGGAGAAGCCUCUGGUGCACAAGUAGAUGAUUCAUCAGUUGGGAAUUUGGACUUCAGAAAUCCAGAGAAUCAUGGUGAUGAGCAGCCCAGAAUCAUAUCUGAUGCUGAUAGAGAAAAUUCUGCAUCAUCUUGUGCAAGGGAGAGGCAAGGGAUUGUGGGUCCUUCACUUUCGAGUGAAGCGCAUGCAUAUUCAGAUUCUCUACCAAGUUUCCAGGAGCCAACUGAAUAUUCUUCAAGAGAAUCUGAAUUCUUCUUGAAGUUCUUGGCAGAACAAAUACAGUCCUCAAGACACAGCAGUGGAGGAUCAUACAGCAGCAGACCAACUAAUUUCGUGCCUGAGGAUGUUAGACAGGACACCUUUUCUGUAUCUGGGCUACCUUCUCAAGCUUUGCCUAGCAUCCACAUUGCUCCAGAAACUACACUUCCUAGGCCAUUUGCAUUGGACCCUGACACUCAACAUUCAGUUUCCUUGGAACAUUCUGAUAACAUGCGUGCUGGCCCUUCACCUCCUCCAAGCUAUGCAAGUAUUCCCUCCGCUUUUCAGCAAGCACAUACAGAUGAAGAUUUAUCCCAUCUACUUUUGCCGGAAUUAUUGCAAGAUAUUCAACACUACAGAAAUCGUGCUCCAGAAACUACACUUCCUAGGCCAUUUGCAUUGGACCCUGACACUAAACAUUCAGUUUCCUUGGAACAUUCUGAUAACAUGCGUGCUGGCCCUUCACCUCCUCCAAGCUAUGCAAGUAUUCCCUCCGCUUUUCAGCAAGCACAUACAAAUGAAGAUCCAUCCCAUCUACUUUUGCCGGAAUUAUUGCAAGAUAUUCAACAGUACAGAAAUCGUGCUCCAGAAACUACACUUCCUAGGCCAUUUGCAUUGGACCCUGACACUCAACAUUCAGUUUCCUUGGAACAUUCUGAUAACAUGCGUGCUGGCCCUUCACCUCCUCCAAGCUAUGCAAGUAUUCCCUCCGCUUUUCAGCAAGCACAUACAAAUGAAGAUCCAUCCCAUCUACUUUUGCCGGAAUUAUUGCAAGAUAUUCAACAGUACAGAAAUCGUGCUCCUGCGAGUCACUUGGCACAACCUCCUGCUGGUUAUGGAAAUUUUGGGGGUCCCACCAACAUUCCUCCUGCUGGCCAUCGAAGUUUUGGGGCUCCCACCUACAUUCCUCCUGCUGAUCAUCGAAGUUUUGGGAGUCCCACCUACAUUCCUCCUACUGGCCAUCAAAGUUUUAGGAGUCUUGCCUACAUUCCUCCUGCUGGUCAUCGAAGUUUUGGGCCUCCCACCUACAUUCCUCCUACUGGCCAUCAAAGUUUUAGGAGUCCUGCCUACAUUCCUCCUGCUGGUCAUGGAAGAUUUGGGAGUGCCACCUACAUUCCUCCUGCAGAUUAUAGAAGUUUAGGGAGUCCCAGCAACAUUCCUUCGAGAUUUCUGAACAAUUUACCUGCUUCCAUGAACUUGGAUGAAUUUUUAAGGUCCAACGAGGGAGCUCAUUUCAACCCUCAUCAGGGUGGGAGUUCUGCUACCUGGGUUCGUGGGCCUGGUGGUUCAAGGGCAAUACCUCCAGCUGCAGGCAGCACACAUUAUUAUAGUUUGCCGGAACAGAAUCAACAGUACCCCAGAGAUGAAGGGAAUCAGCGGCUCUUGCAACAGCAUAGAUCUCAAGGGUACCAAACUCCUGAUGGAUCUCAAUCAAGGGACCCACGAAGACGAUGGCCAUGACAUGGUCGAAGGUGAUCAAUCACCCUAGAUAUGGAAACACGACUAAGAACAUUUUGUUUCAUUUCUUCUUUUCAGUUCUUUUUGCCCAAAGGCAUUAUCAUGAUUUUGAUAGAGGUGUGAAUCAAUCAAAGGCUUCAUUAGAGUUCAGUUAGCCAGUUUAUUACCAUACCUGGGUCUAUCCAAUUGUACAUAGUUGAAAGAGAAGUGUACUGGUUUUUGUCCCAUUUACCUUUGAUUUGUAUUCUACCAAAUUUACUGAGCUUAGAGCUAGCUUGAUCAUUUGAAUUUUUUCAAUGCAAAAAGACUUUCAGUUUCCUGUUAAA